AACACGUUGGUUGGAGCUGCGCAACACACUGUACAAGACAUACUCAAAUAUCGUCGCUCUUUUCGCCACCAUUUGCCGCCGAUUGUCAGACAGUUGACUCACAUAGUUGCUGAUUCACCUCAUUUGCCUACCGAGAUACCAAAACCGCCCAGUAAUGAUGACAAUGGAGGCGCAACUUUACGAUGAUCAACCCAACCCGUGGUUAGACAAGAAGAAGUCAAUGAAGCUCGAUCUGUGUACACAACCGACGAAAAAAUCCUACGCUGUGCUGUCUACGCCUGAUGUUCAGAUGCUGAAACUGGCUUCACCAGAAUUAGAAAAACUGAUCAUGUCACAACAGGGUACAGUUAUAACUACCCCAACGCCAACUUCAAUUUUAUGCCCGAAGAACGUGACACUUGAACAAGAACAAUUUGCAGAAGGUUUCGUUCAGGCGUUAUCUCAGUUGCAUGGAGGCGUCCCGUCAUCAACAUCGGCAACGACAACGUUACCGUCAUCAUCGGGAACGCUACAUUACCCGAGCCAAGCCUCUGUCACCACCACUACCACAUCGCUUCCAGGUAGCGCCUCUGUCGACCAACCAAUGCAACCAGUUUCAUCAACCGCCAGCACGUGUGUCACGUCCCCACGUCGAAAUAACGGAACACACGACUACACCGGCACCAUUGCUACUGUGGGAGUGCAACGCAUCAAACAGGAAGAAGCUCCACAAACUGUACCUGUGUUCCUGGCUAAGGGCACACCGCCAACGUCGCCCAUCGACAUGGAAAUGCAGGAACGUUUCAAAGCUGAAAGAAAACGCCUUAGGAACAGGAUCGCCGCCAGCAAAUGCCGAAAACGAAAACUGGAGCGCAUUUCUCGCCUUGAAGAAAAAGUGGACGAUCUUAAAAAUCAGAAUUCAGACCUUUCAUUAAGUGCUACACAACUCCGUGAGCAAGUCUGUAAGUUGAAACAGCAGGUUAUGGAACACGUUAAAAGUGGAUGCCAAGUUAUGUUGGCACAACAAUUGGCGUUUUAAAUAUGCCGAACUUUGAACAAACUUUUUGCCAAGAGAAAAAUCAGUUAUAUUUAUAUUUAUUUUCUAAAGUGACUUUUUAUGAGUGGACAGUUUUUAGGGAAACCUUGUUCCCUGUCGCUCACAUUGUUUUUUCUACGUCAGUGCACUGGAAAGUGACUUUACAAUAUGUGUUUUUUUUUGAAAACAGGUUUUUAAAUAAUUUGGCACGCCUUUAUUUUUAUAAACUAACGCGUGGGAAAUCCCGAUUCCAUUUCAAAAACGCAGCCUCGCCGUAUUUGGUACAUACGCACUACGUCAUACCUAAUUAUGCGAAUCUGUAAAAGGGCAAGUUGGCGCUGUGCCCAAAACGUGCCUAGUUGCAUGUUUCACGGGGAUUUUAUCGGGAUUUUCCGCGUUAUUUAUAUAUUGCGCGUGCAUGAUGGAAAUGCUCUUAAGGAAGUGUAAAUGUCAUGGAGUAAUUUUACAGAUAUCCAAACUGAUUACAGGAAGUGCCACGCCAGGGACUUCCGGUCUUCAUGGAAGCUAUAUAUUUCCUGUAUUAUAGAUAAUUAUGUCGUACAGUCCAAUUUAGUGAGAAUUGUAUAAAUCAGAAAUGUGUAUAAAUGUUUUGUUCUGUGUCGAUGAACUUUGGCGAGGACAAUAUGACAGAUUGAUCUUGAAAACUUGCUUACAAUUACAAAAUAUAUUGUCGUGGGUUGACUUUUCAGUGUUUUUGUAUUUAUUACAGUGACUGCUAUUGUUGCAUGCAUUAUAAGUAAGAAUUUUAACCUAUUUCUUAAGAAACUGAAAAUUAUUC